AUGGAUACAACCAUCUCAGCCCUGGGGACUGAAAUCACAACAGUGAAUGGAAGUGACCACACUCCAACUUCAUCAUGUGACAUUGUGUUCAUUACCCUAAUUUUCCUUAUCAACAUCAUUGCCAUGGUUGGGCUGGCAGGAAAUGCUGUCGUGCUGUGGCUUCUGAGCUUUCACAUGCACAGGAAUGCCUUUUCUGUCUAUGUCCUCAAUUUGGCUGGGGCUGACUUCCUCUUCCUCUGCUUUCAGAUGGUAUGUUCCCUGUGGGCUUUGAUUCAUCUCUUCCACUCAAUCUACAUUCCCAUUCCUAAGUUUUUCAACAUUGUGUUCACCUUUACGUACCUUGCUGGGCUGAGUAUGCUCAGUGCCAUUAGCGCUGAGCGCUGCCUGUCUGUCAUGUGGCCCAUCUGGUACCACUGUCAACGUCCGAGACACAUGUCAGCUGUCACAUGUGCUCUGCUCUGGGCCUUGUCUCUGCUGUUGAGCCUCCUUGAAGGGAAAGGAUGUGGUGACUUGUUUAAUGAUUUUGACCACGAUAUGUGUUCGACACUUGAUUUCAUUGCCUUUGCUUGGUUAAUUUUUUUAUUUGUAGUUCUCUCUGGGUCCAGUCUGACCCUGUUGGUCAGGAUCUUCUGUGGCACACAGCGGAUUCCUGUGACCAGACUGUAUGUGACCAUUGCAUUCACAGUGAUGGCCUACCUGCUCUUUGGACUGCCCUUUGGGAUCUGCAGUUUCAUCUUAACAUGGAUUGAGAAUUUUAACGAUGCUUUCAUUUGUCAUUUUUUUCUCAUAGUAACGUUCUUAUCUAGUAUGAACAGCUGUGCCAACCCCAUCAUUUACUUUUUCCUUGGCUCCAUUAGGCAUCGCAGGGUUCAGCACAGGACUCUCAAGCUGCUUUUGCAGAGAGCCCUGCAGGACACCCCUGAGGAGGAAGAGUGUGAGGACAGGGGUUCUCCAGGAAAGCCUGAAGAACCAGAAUCAGUCCCGUGCAGCAGCUGA